GCCAAAUGAAAAGAUCCUAACCAAAACCCUAGGCUUCGCGGCGAGCAAGCUUCCCUUCCCUCGUUCCUCCACCAGGAUUAACUGUAAAACUUACCAAUAUGUAUACGGCAAGGAAGAAAAUUCAAAAGGAGAAUGAUGCUGAGCCCACAGGAUUUGAGGAUACUGUUGCGCAGGUGCUAUUUGACUUGGAAAAUACAAACCUGGAACUUAGGAGUGAUUUGAAAGAUCUUUUCAUAAACUCCGCUGUUUUGAUGGAUGUCGCUGGGAAUUGCAAGCCCAUAGUUAUUCAUGUUCCCUACAGAAUCAGGAACGCCUUCCGCAAGAUUCAUUUGAGGCUUGUGAGGGAAUUAGAAAAGAAGUUUAGUGGAAGGGAGGUUGUUAUUAUUGCUUCUCGUAGGAUAGUGAUGCCACCCAAGAAAGGUUCCUCAAUCACUCGCCCUCGCAGCCGCACUCUCACUGCAGUUCAGGAUGCUAUUUUAGAGGAUAUUGUUUACCCUGCAGAGAUUGUUGGAAAGCGUGUGAGAUAUAGGUCGGAUGGCUCCAAGAUUGUCAAGAUUUUUCUGGACCCUAAGGAACGCAACAAUACUGAGUACAAGCUGGAGACCUUUUCAGGAGUCUACCGCAAACUGUGUGGAAAGGAGGUUGUGUUUGAAUACCCAGCUAUUGAGAACGCUUGAACCUUCUGGUAUUGACAUUGGCUCUUUCAUUAGUGUAGGAGAUGGGGAAAAUUUGAUAAUUUUAUGGUGUUCAGUUACAGCAAAGUUUAGUUUUGUUUGACAUUGGUGGCUCUCUUUUUCUAGUGGUGAUAGCUCCAUAUUGGAGACCUUUGGGUUAAUAGCUCCACCCUUUGAAAAAAUUUAGAACAUCAUAUUGUUUAAAUAUCAUAUAAUAUGUAAGAUGGGACACUUGUAAAUUAAUGAAUGAGACUUAUAAUCACAUUAAUACAA